UCUGUUUUUCCUUCUAUUGUAUCUGGAAACUGGCUUUUCAUAAAAGAAAAUUAUUGCCUACUUUUUGCAAGAUAUAAUCUUGAGAAAAAUUGAAGCGGGAUGUGCUGUACAUAUUGAAUAUUCAAAUUUUAAACGAGUUUUCCGUUCGGAAAGAAUUCGAAUAGGGGCACGAUGACCUGGAUCGUAGGAGAUGGACAGCAAUUAGAAUUAGAGGUGUGCGGGCGGACGAGGGCGGCGCGCUGGGCGGACGACGGCGGCGGCGCGCGGCGCCGCGUCACUCGGCACUCGGCACUCGGCAGUCGGCGCCCGUAGCCCGCGCCCUAGUCCCGCCGCGCGCUGCGGCUGACACACACCGGCAACUAUUAUGCCGGCGCUCCAGAGCCGCUCGCCACGCGCCGCGCGCUCGUCGCCACCGCGCCGCGCCACCCUGAUACUGUUGAUGACUACGCGCUCUGCUCGUAACCCGUAACGCACGCGAUUACGCAUUUCACGUCUAAAGACCGGAAUGUAAAUAUUUAUGGAUGUCAGUUUUCAGUUGUUUAGAUUGGCUGUGAAAUUCAAGGUGAAAUGAAAUCAACAAGGCGUGUUCGGGUACAUGAAGAUGCUAUACGUCAUAGUGAGUGUAAGCGUGGCGGCGAUCGGCUGGCGACGCCGCGGAUGUCGCUGCUGGGCAAGCCGCUUAGCUACCGCGCCACGCGACGCGACGCGCGUUACCGACGCCUUCAAUCAAAAUUCUAUAAUUUCCUUGAACGGCCGAGGGGUGUAAAGGCCGUCCUAUAUCAUAUGAUUGUGUUCUUGAUGGUGUUCAUGUGUUUGUCGCUGUCGGUAUUUUCAACAAUCGAAGAAUACGAAGCGAAGGCUGGAAUCGUCCUUUUCUACAUGGAGACAGUAGUCGUCGUAUGGUUCGCAAUUGAAUUUUUUUUAAGGUUGUGGUCGUCAGGAUGCAGGUCUCGAUAUCAAGGCUCGAUGGGUCGUCUCAAAUUUUUGAGGCGACCUUUCUGUAUAAUAGAUGUAACAACUAUCCUGGCAUCGAUGGUGGUGCUGGGUAUGGGGUCCUCGGGCCAAGUCUUCGCUGCGUCAGCGCUGCGAGGCCUACGUUUCUUCCAAAUUCUUCGUAUGGUGCGCAUGGACAGACGUGGCGGUACCUGGAAACUCCUUGGAUCCGUUGUAUACGCACAUAGACAGGAACUAAUAACUACACUUUAUAUAGGCUUCCUGGGUCUGAUAUUUGCAUCGUUUUUAGUUUAUUUGGCAGAAAAAGAUGUCGCUGAUACUAAGUUCAAAAACUUUGCAGAAGCACUCUGGUGGGGCGUUAUCACACUGUGCACGGUGGGGUACGGCGAUAUGGUCCCGCAAACUUGGCAAGGGAAAUUCAUAGCCUCCUUUUGCGCACUUCUUGGAAUAUCGUUCUUCGCUCUCCCUGCUGGUAUUCUAGGUUCAGGUUUUGCUUUAAAAGUACAACAACAACAAAGACAAAAGCAUAUGAUUCGAAGACGGCAACCAGCCGCUACGCUUAUCCAGGCUUUAUGGAGAUGCUACGCGGCAGAUGAACAUUCUAUGAGUGUAGCGACUUGGAAAAUCCAUCAAGUGCCACUUCCCAGUCCGCAAACAAGUCGGGUUAUGAGUGCAUCAUUCAAGAACAAUGCUUCCUUUGUGUCGCGGUUGCCGACGAUUCGCCGACACAAGAGUACAUCCCUGCACUCCCCCGCGCCACACUCCAAGCCCGCGCAUCGAUACGACGUCAACGCCAGUGCAGAAAACCUUGGCGCGACGAACGGCCGCUCAGGGCGCACUCGACCCAUCAACCCUUCCUACAGCGAGGACUCAGUGGCCGAGACGGCGCUCUCCAAGAAAAACUCCGACGACGAGGACGAGGAGCCGCGUUGCGUCACGUUGACACCGCGUCACAAAGCUGCCAUUCGAUUUAUUAGAAAGCUCAAGUAUUUUGUCGCACGCAAGAGAUUUAGAGAAGCCUUGAAACCUUACGACGUGAAAGAUGUGAUAGAACAAUACUCUUCGGGGCACGCCGAUCUUCUUAAUCGUACCAAGAACCUUCAGUACAGGUUAGACCAAAUUCUUGGCAAGCAAGGCUCAAAGGCUAAAGAUGUCUACGCUUCUAAGAUUAGCUUAGCUUCCAGAGUAGUUAAAAUUGAAAGACAAGUAGAUGACAUAGAGAGUAAGUUGGAUCAUUUAUUAGAAAUGUACGAAGAAGAUAGACGAUCUAUACGAGGUAUUCGUGAUGAUAUGAAUGGAGGCGGAGAAAGCGGUACAUCUGGAGACGUCCAGCUCAGAUUACGCCCAGCAUUGACUGAGAAACAAUAUUCAGAACCGAACUCACCCGUGUCACGUAACUUCGAACCACCCGUCCCAGCCUCAGCGCCGCCGGUGCCGUACAAACGUCCCAUGAAUCGGGGCUACUCCGACCUAGGCACCAGAUUCAUGAAAAAGAGAGUCAUCGUUAAAACAGCGUCAAGCCGAUGUGAAGAAUCACCGAAAGACGAUGAAGUGGUUAUAGUGGUACCAACGGAUCGCGAGGAUACACCACCUCGUAUAAUCACCGAUAGCUCAGAGGUAUGUGCAAGCUGUUCGGUAGAGGUAGAGGUAGAUGUGGGCGGCUCGGGAAGCUCCGCGUCGCAAUCGUGGUGCGAGGUGGAACCGGUGGACGAGCGUGGUUAUGGCUCCGGCGAUUCACUCGCCGAGGACGCAGCUUUACUGGGCGACGCUAUUCAGCCAGAACACCCUCCGCGUAUUAUGCGGGCCCAGAUUCGAGACGUGGCUGUGGAUCUUCACCUCCUGCGGCCUGAUGUAUGAGUCAGAGCGUCAACCACAGUCGUCUCUUCGAAAUCGAUACGAUAGUGUGUGCUCUGUGUUAAAUUAUUCGCACAGUGUUUAUUCCUGUCACGAUUUUUUAAUGAAGCUAUUAAGCCUACCUUUACAUAUGAAGGCAUGAGUCUGGUGCAGUGCGACUGUAAUGAACUUUACAACGAUUUACAUAUUUAAUGUGGUUAAUUUAAGUAAUUGAUUCCACUCGUUUAAGGUAUUGUAUAAAGACCAAAGACUCGAUAUAAAAAAGUUUAAAAUAGUAAAUACGCUUAAAUUGUCCUAUUGCUUAUAAAUAGCUUACAAUACCUGUAGACGGAGGCUUUUAACUUUACAUACAUAAAUAGUAAGAUGUAAAUAUAAAAUAACUCGUUAAUAUUAUAUUUGAAUAAAUCGGUUUGGUUUAGUUAAAUAUACGCUUGUCGUAAACUAAAUUCUAAUAAUCAAAUCAUUAACAACGAUGUACCUAACAUCGCUAAGAUUACAAAGGACCUAAACAUAAAUUUUUGGUUAAAAAAUUACUAGUUCAAAGAUUAUUAAUUAUUAUUCAAAUUUAUUUUGCAACUAUACUCAGUAAUUCUUAAGCGAAUAUAAUUAUAACAAUAUUAAUCGCUAAAGAACGAAAGUCUAUUAGUGAUGGUGUGAAAACGCCUUUUUUUAAUAAUUCUCUUUAUGACGUUCUAUAACAAAGAAUGAAAUUAUUAAAAUAUAACCUUUAUAUUUCAUUUAGCUCGAUAACUUAAUACAUUCAUGUUAACAACUGAACUGUGAUACGCUUUUCGAGUUAUUAGUUAUAACGGCACUAAUAAGUAGAAAUUAAUAAAUCUGGAAUUGCGUUUAACUUAACAUUUAGCUUUCUUAACUUUGCCCCGUCUAGGACGUUUAUUUUUUAAAUUAUUAUAUGCGCCUCCGUGUAUGAAUUUAUUGAUUAAUAAUCAAAAUAAUUGAUGCAAUCGAGAUUCGUCCCACUAACAUUAUGUUUAUUUAAAAUAAUGUCGGGUUUUUAUACCUAAGGCUUCUCUCUGCAAUAAAACUGCAUCAUUGAUUUACAAUAAGGAGAAAUGAAAGUGAAGGUAAAUUCUAAGUUAUAGAAAAUAUGAUAAUGGUUGAAUGCAUUAUUCGUCUUUGAUUAUAACAACGACUUAAAAUAAAGUCAACGACUUAAACUAUAAGUCGACUUAAAAUUUCCAAAACUGUUUCUGAUUUUGAGAUGAUUUUUAAUGUCAUAUUAUUAAUUUUUUCAUGGCUUAUUUUAAUCUGACAUUGUGUACAAUUUACGUUUAUACAGUUGAAGUACUUACGGAAAAGAACAAAUUUCUAGAUCCUAUUAAUGUUUUUGAUGGCCAUAGUUAAGUUUAACUUCUUUUUUUGGGACCAAUGUUACCAACUAAAGAAUUGAAAAAUCAGAUGGAUUUGACUGUUAUGGUGAAUUAUUAAUUUUCUAUAUUGCUACGUGACGGCCUUAUUGUGUGUAUUUAUAUAAGAAACGAAUUGUACAAAGGAAAAGUAAAGAAUUGAAAGCGAUUUACGAUAGAUGUGAUGCAGAUUUAUUACAUACGAGCUUAGAAGUUCUUCUUUAAAAUUCCUAACCUUGAACCAAUUUUCAAAAGUUUUGGACACGUUUCUUAAAAUGCAGGGUAAACAUUUGCCUAACAUUCAAAAUAAUAGUAAUUGUAAGUAUUGUAUAAAUAUGUAUAAGUAUUAAAAAGCGUUUAAUAGCAACACACGCAGCCAGUUUUACUCUGGUACAAAUGUUUUAAAUUUUAAGGCUUUUGCCUACUUCAGCGAAAAACAGAUACAAUGGGACCUAGUUCUGCCUAUUAAUUGUAAUUGUGGUAAAUGUCAAUGAUGUAAAGUGUGCAAACCGAAAAGAGAACUCCUAUUAUAGAUGGUGUAGAGUCAACCGUUACUUCUUACUCAGUGGUCCAAUAUUAUACCUACAUUAUUAUUAGAACCACAUACCUUCAGACAAUUUAAAUCAUUAUAACAAUUUAUCUAAUGUUUCAAUUUUAAUUAAUUAAAUUCAAUUUUAGAUGCAAUUUGUAAAUGAACCAGUUGAAUCUUAUAAUAAAAAAUUUUAACUAAGAAAUAAAUUUAAAUACGAGUAGUGUGACCACAGUAAGCAUUAUUCUUCGAAUCUAUAAAUAAAGUAGUGUACUGUAACUCCUAUCUACACAAUUAUUUUUGUGAUCAAGUAUUUUAACAAAAAUAAUCUAAAUAUAUUUAGAUAGUUCUAUUAGAAAAAAACACAGUUAUCUACCUCUAAGCAAAAAGAGGAAUUGGAUUUACAAGCUUGAUUAGAGUCCAAAGUAAGAAAAGCUUUUUUUGUAUCGAAAUAAUUAAUAAUGAGACUAUUUUUAACAGAAAAUGUUCCUUAUAUUUUACAAAAAUGUAUCUAUUUUGUUUUAGUUACCAAAAAAGUCACAUUUACUUCAUUCUCUGGCUUACUUGUUACAUUAAAUAGAAAAAAGGGAAUUAGUGUGCCUUUAUUAUUAAUUUUUGUUAUCUAAUUAAUUAAUUUAACAAACGACCUAUACUUUUUUUCUGGUUCCUUACCAAUUAAGACAAGAAGAAGUAAGACCUACCUAUAGAUAAAACUCGUACAAUAAAUUUUACAUAAAUAAGUAAUAAAGUAUUCAAUAAAUUUAUAUUAAAACGUGCUUAGCAUAGAGACAAUUUUUAAAUUGUUACAUAAAUUUAAUUACAUAUUUCAAAUCACUGACUUCUCUAUUAGCAAUAUAGAAUGUAAUUACAUAUUAUUAAGUUUCAAAAAUUUUAAAUGCAAAUUGCCUCUUAUGGUACUUUUGGCACGUAGCAAAAAGUACCCGCUAUUUAAAAUCAUUUUUUCAUCUGUAAAUAAUUUACAAAUGAUUAAAUAGAAUUAAUUACAAAUCCAUCAUUAUGUAAUUAAUACAAGUUUACCAUCAGAUAUAAAUAUAUGUACAAAUAAGUAGGUACAUUUAUUAACAUUCGCAUAUUAGCUGCAUAAUUUACUACGAUACGAACAAAAUAUAGCGCAUAAAUUUUUGUUAUAUAAAGCUGUU